AAGUCAUGUUCAUGUAUCCAUAACAUAAACAACCAUAUAAUUUUUUCCUUCCUUGUAAAAUAACUUGAAAACAGCUCCUCUUGCUGGCUUUGGAAGCCUACCUUUACCAAAGUUAAAGCAGCUGAAGGAGUCAGUACGCCUUUCUACCUAUGCCCCCAAGGAAGCAGGGCUCCAGCUGUCCAGGGUAACUAAUUAAUACGUGGUGUUUCCCGCCCUCCUUUAGCGCACCUCUCUGCUGCCUCUUUCUCACCUCUUUCGCACCUGUUCCCUGGACACCAUUGCCUGCCCGGACUUGGGACGCUGUUCGGCUGCUGAUCUUUAUCCUCGGGAGGAAAAUUCCGCACUAUUCCAAAGUAUCCAGACUGUCUCCGCGGACUACUAUGGCCCAAUUUCUGCCAUCCCAGCCUGGGGAAUCUCGUUUCCUGGAGAUAAGUUCCGGAAUCUAGUUUAGAGAAAACUCCCUAAAUCCCCAGGAUCCACAGAGAAGCUGGAAAACCAAGACACCACCCCCACCACCCCCACCCCGGGGCCGCUGUAGACACAGGUGCGUGCGUCCUUUCUCCCUCUAGCGAAGCAGGGUAACAAGAAACCACGUAGUUGCUACGCUGAAGAGGGACGUGAGGAGGAUGGGGACACGGAGACAUGUAAUUCCCGGAACAAACUUGACGAGGGAGUAAAAUUAGCCAGCUUGUCUUCCCAGGGGUAAACUCGCUGAGCAAAGCACGUGAGACAGAGCGCAUGUUCGGGUGCCUAGACGCGAGAUUUCUAGGUCCCGCGCGGUACUGCGCCUGUUGAAAGCAAACGUGGGUUUACAGUGACUGGAGAAUGAAGCUCAGGAAAGGGUGAUAAGCCCAGCAACGGCAUGGCACGCCCAGUUCUCCAAGCUUUUGGAAGAGUGGGAAAGCGCUGGCAUCCCCCUUAUUUAUUGUGCCUGGGAAUCCACAAGUGUCCCAGCCCCACCCCGCAGCAGUGAUGCAAAGAGGGCAGUUUACCCACAUAGGCAGGAGGGGCCAAAAGGGGGCUGGACCGUCUCCAGCCAGUGGAGCGAGAGGGAGCGCGCUACACAGACACAAAUCUCGCGUAAAUAAUUGAGUUCUGAGUCCAGUGCGUUUAGAACUUCGGAGCGCACCUCCAGCGCUUUGCUGGAGCUGGAUAAAGGCAGAGCACGGUCAGGAACAGGGCCACCGGACUGAGAGCUGCUUGGUGGGCAAGUGGGACUUGCAGGAGGAAUUGCAGAGCCGGUGAAGGCCGGGCUCGGGGAAGAACAGCGCGCAGCAGGCAAAGCACCCAAGUGCUCCGGAGCGGGAAGGGGGAGCGCGCGCCACGGACUCGGAGGCGCUGCACCGACAGCAUGCGCUUCUCCGGAAACGCGGACGCGGGUCCAGCGCCCAACGCCAGCGCUUGGUGGACCCUGACUUCAGAUGGUGCCAACAAUAGCCGCGAGGUAGAUGUGCCCGGAGAAGGCGACGGCCCGCCACGGGACGUGCGCAAUGAGGAGCUGGCCAAGGUGGAGAUCGCUGUGCUGGCUGUGACUUUCGUGGUAGCGGUGCUGGGCAAUAGCAGCGUGCUGCUGGCUCUGCACCGCACACCACGCAAGACGUCCCGCAUGCACCUCUUCAUCCGGCACCUCAGCCUGGCCGACUUGGCUGUCGCCUUCUUCCAGGUGUUACCGCAGCUGUGCUGGGACAUCACCUACCGCUUCCGCGGACCCGACUGGCUGUGCCGCGUGGUGAAGCACCUGCAGGUGUUCGCCAUGUUCGCGUCGGCCUACAUGCUGGUAGUCAUGACCGCCGACCGCUACGUCGCCGUGUGCCACCCGCUCAAGACUCUGCAGCAGCCCGCGCGCCGCUCCCGCCUCAUGAUCGCCGCCUCUUGGGUGCUGAGCUUCGUGCUGAGCACUCCGCAGUACUUCAUUUUCUCCAUGAUCGAGGUGGACAAUGUCACCAAGGCUCGAGACUGCUGGGCCACCUUCAUCCAGCCCUGGGGUACCCGCGCCUACGUCACCUGGAUGACGAGCUGCGUCUUCGUUGCACCGGUGGUUAUCUUGGGUACCUGCUAUGGCUUCAUCUGCUGCCACAUCUGGCGCAACUUCCGCGGAAAGACGGCGUCGCGCCUGGGCAAAUGUGUAGCGGGCUCUGGGGGCGCCUUCCAUAAGGGCCUCUUGGCCGCGCCCUGUGUCAGCAGCGUGAAGACGAUUUCCCGCGCCGAGAUCCGCACCGUGAAAAUGACUUUUGUGAUUGUGACGGUCUAUAUACUCUGUUGGGCGCCUUUCAUCAUCGUCCAGAUGUGGUCUGUCUGGGAUGAGAAGCUCGUCUGGACCGAUUCAGAAAAUCCUUCUAUCACCAUCACUGCAUUACUGGCUUCCUUGAACAGUUGCUGCAACCCCUGGAUAUACAUGUUUUUUAGUGGCCAUCUCCUGCAAGACUGUGUCCAAAGCUUCCCAUGCUGCCAAAGCUCUAAGCAAACAUUCAACAAAGAAGAUACUGACAGUAUGAGCAGAAGACAGACUUCUUACUCCAACAGUCGAAGCCCAACAAACAGCACGGGUACAUGGAAGAACUCACCUAAAUCUUCCAAGUCCAUCAAAUUCAUUCCUGUUUCUACCUGACCCCAGGUUCUUACAGCCUGACUCUUGUGACUGACUUUUGGAUCUAUUAGCUGGAUCCAACUAGAAAUCCUGAGAACAAAUGAACUCAGGUGGGAGAAACAUAAUUCAGUUCAUUUUGUACAAGACUUUGUUUUUAGUUGCAUUUUCCACAUUGCUGACCAAGCAGUGUGAAUUGCUUUGUACAGAAUGUUAAUGAAAACACACUACACUAAAAAGUGUAGGCCUGGUUACCCAAAAUAUAACAGGAGUUAUGUUUUUAAGGAAAAAAUCAUAACCACUCUGACUUUAUAUUUUGUUGGUUUAUUUUUGUUUCUGACAUAAGUCAAUCUUGACUGGUUUUCUGAACAAAGGGAGGUCAUCAUUUAGAGGAGACUUAGAAUAAUUGUGUUUCCAUCCAAUAAAAUUAAUGUAUGCAUCAUAAAGUGAAGCCCCAAACAGUGACCUAGAGAGGUCAUCUUGAAGAGGUGGGAGCUGGGGCAUAUAUUGAGCAGGAGGUGGCUAGUUCAGAGUGAAAAAAAGUUCAGCUAGAAGCAAUAAAUCAUCCUGAAUUUCAAAAUUGCAACUGGCAGUGCCCUUCUGUAGGUUCCUCACGAUAUAUGGGCUCUGAAGUGUUGUAGACAGGCCAAUAAUAUGUUUUUCCUCACACUACAAAAUUGUUUUAAAAUCAGAUUUGUUUGAGGAAUGCCAAAUUUUACAGAAAAGAAGAAAAAGACUACACUUAAGGUAGUCUGAAGACUUAUGUUGAACACUGUAAACGUAUUAUUUUACCAUGUUAUAAGAUGUCCUGUGUGAUGCUAGAUAUUAACAUGAUCAUUCUCUUCAUGUUUUGUGAAUCCAGCUUUAUAGAUGAGAGUCUUCUUGAUAGUGACUCAGAAUAUAAAAUGCCCCCUCCCAUGUUUAAUUGGGAGAUCCUUCCAAUUUCCCAUACACCUAACAGUUUCAGAAUAGAGAAGAGCAGGGGUAGGGGUCAAGGGCAGGAAGGUACAUACCUAGUCUGAGUUCCAUCAUUACUAAAUGCAUGACUUUGGACAAGCUACUUUAAAACACAUAAAGUCUCUGUUUACUUGGCUGUAUAAUGGAGAUGGUAACACUUACCUCACAGGGUUGUUGUGAGGACUAGAUGAAAUUAAAUAUGUGAAAAGAGCUUCAUAAAAUGUAAAAUAGUGUAUAUAUGUAUGCUAACAGUUGCUUUUAUUUUAUUCUUGGGAUUUCCAGAAUUGCACAGAGGAUUUUCUCACUUAUUUUUUGUUAAGCAAAAGUGGUUAAUUUCAUGUCUGUGACAUAAAAUCCUGAAAUUUAAAUAUAGAUCUGCUGACUCAUUGUAAAGCAUUACCAGUAACAACUCAGCCUGACUUGUCUUGCUCAACUAAAGUUUUCCAGUAUACAGAACUUGCUGUGUUUUGAAUGCAGGUAAACCAAAGCCACCCAAGAACAUCAGUUGCUUUUAUUUCUAAACAGCAAUAAAUUACAACACUCCUAGCAGUUGGUUCAUUUUUUUUGUUAAUGGAACUAACUGGUUUUUGUCUAGCUAUUUUGUCUGGCUCCUUCUUUGAAACCAUACAGCAAUUUGAGAGUAAAUAUUUUGAGUCUCUUAGAGGAAAGAAUAGUUACUUUUAGUAGUAGUACAUAGCUUCUUUUUUUAACUUUGUAGAUAAGAGUCUGAAUUUGCAUAGCACUGCAAUAACCUGGAACCAUGAACUUCAGUCCUCUUCAUUCUUCUGUCUUUCCAACUUCUCAGCCCUUAGACUCCCUAGGCUGAUAAGCCUAAAAAAUGUUUCCAAAUGUUCUGUAGAAAGCAGUCCCAUUGGUUUUAGAAUUCCUCUUUCUAAAACUAACAAAUAGGACUGAGGAUAUAGCUAGGUGGUGAGCACUUUCUUAGAACCCUUGAGGCCCUGGGUUCAAUUUCAAGCAUGCAAAAAAGUCACAUUGAAUAAAAACUACAAGUAUAUUUCUUAAAGGGCACUGUUCAAUAUAAGUCAUCAACUAAAUGAAUCACUUCUUUAUUUAAAUUAGAGCACCAGAACUGUAACACUGCCUCUGUAAGAUGGUCAACCUUUUUGAGAAUUUCUGUUUGAUAAUUUAAAAACUGAAGACUUGUAUUGGAACAAAGGAGCCCAUUUUUUUCUAAAAAUUACAUCCAUUUUCAAGGUAAUAAUUUUUUGUUCUUAUAUGGAUACUGUUUCAAAAUAUUGAUAUGUAUCCCCAAGGAAAUCAAUUCCAUUUGACUUUAUUCCUGGGGGCAUCUCUCAAAUAAAACA